CCUUCCCUACAUGAGGCAUCCCCUUAACAAGCCUGGCUUAAAGAGGGGGGUUCCCGGGUUCGUCCUCGCUUGGUUGCGCACGCGCUGGCCAAGCCCCCCGCCUCCUAAAGUCUUGCUCCCGUCACCUCGACACCUGAAGCCCCCCCCGGUCACGUGACGCCGCGAGUGCGUACGCGCAGUGGCUGAGAGCGAAGAUGGCGGACGGGGAGGGAGAAGUGAUCCCAGGCUGCAGGGAGCAGCCUCUUGGCGUCACGGCCGACGGUCUCGCCACCAUGGACGGCUUGCUGGCCACGCUGCAAGGGCUGGAGGCCGAACUCCGGCAAGGGGAAAUUUCGGACGAUUCAUCCAGCCAGUACUGCAGCAGCUUCUGUCAGGCGCUGAUGCACUAUGCGGGGAGCAGGAACUCGGUGGAGCACGGCCUGCCCCUACUUGAGGUCUACUGCCUCUCCAUCACCUGCUUUGCUGCCGCCCGGCCGCACCUGACCGGGGACUCGGAUCGCGUGGCCCUCGUCCUGAAGAGGCUGGCGCUGAGCUGUUUCGAGCUCCUGCUGAACGUGCCAGAGAGCAACAUUUCCUAUGACACCUGGGUGCAGUUUCACCGCUCUGUGCAGGCAGCUCACGAUGCCCUCUUGGAAUAUGGGAGCAGUGAUCUACAGGCUUUGCUACAAAUCACAGGGGAGGGGGGCGCGUGGAGUAACCCUGUCCUUGUUGCCCUUCUCACCGGUCAACAGACCAAUCAAGAAGAGUUGGACAGGUACAUUGCCCUGGAAGGCGAGGGCUUCAUGGAGAUGCGUGUGAAACACCUGGUGAAGGUCGGCGAGCUACACAAGGCCAUGGUUCUGGCCAAGGUCUGUGCUGACUGCUGCCACGUCUCUAACCGCACCACCUUCCGGCAGAUCUACGUCACUCAUCUCUGUGGCAUGCUGCCCAGCGAGGAAGCCAUCGUGGAGAUCGCUAAAGUGGAUGGUAAGGAGGUGCUGGACAUCAUCUGUAACCUGGAGACUGAGGGGCAGGAGAACCUGGCCUUCAUCCUCUGUACUACCUACCUGACCCAGCACCUCCAGCAGGAGAGCCUGUACUGCUCCUGGGAGCUGACGCUCCUGUGGAGCAAGCUGCAGAGGCGGGUCGACCCCGCUGUGGAGUCCUUCCUGGAGCGCUGCCUGCAGCUGGGGGCCAUCGCCAGGACGGUCUGCCACCUGCUGCUGCUGGUCCGCGUUAUCCAGGCAGAGGCAGACGAGCUGGGCCUGGCGGCGUCGGUGGAGCUGUGCGUUAGAGCGCUCCAACUUCCCUGCCAGGAGGAUGCAGAGACCAAGACUUCAGUCUGCAAGACUGUGGCCUGCCUGCUUCCAGAUGAUCUGGAAGUCCGCCGGGCCUGCCAGCUGACUGAGUUCCUCUUAAGCCUUCUGCAGGCAGCCUACCACUCCCUGGAAGAGCUCUACCUCCGGCCUGAUCAAAAGUAUGACCAGGAGAAUGGCAUCAUUCCCAACUCCCUGCGCUGCGAGCUGCUCUUGGCCCUCAAGGCUCAUUGGCCUUUUGACCCCGAGUUCUGGGACUGGAAGACACUGAAGCGUCACUGCAUCAAACUGCUUGGGUUGGAACCUGAAGAGGAGGAGGAGGAGGAGGAGGAGGAGGAGCAGGAGGAGGGGGAAGAAGAGAAGGAGGAGGAGUGUCAUGAGCAAGAGGGGAAGCCAGCAGAUUUAGUGGAGAACGGGCAGCCCAGUGGGUCGAGAGUGGGUGUUGAUGAGCAGAAUCUAGAUGAAGUGGAACACGCUGAGAGUACUGCAGCCCAGAAGGCAGAGUCCAAGAAGAAAGUAGGAGGCCCUUCAGAGAGGUACCUCCGCUGGCAGAAGUAUAAAUUUUUCUGCCAGCUGUGCCAGAAAGAGGUAAUUGAGGCUAGAAUUCUGCAUCACUCAAAAAAGCACAUGAAGGACGGUGUCUACACCUGCCCGGUUUGCCUGCAGACCUUCCAUAGCAGACAGGAGUUCGUCCCCCACACGAGCCAGCACACCCAGAUGCCUGCGCGGAGAUCCCUGCCUCAGAAGAAAAAGAAGGUGAAAAAGAAGGUCGACCUACAGAAGGAAAUGGAUGAUGAUGACCUGGAGGAUCUGGAGCCCGGCGAAAUCACCCUGGACCCAUCGCUGCUGAUGUACUACCAGACCAGCCAGGAUCCCGAUGUUCUUGAGCAUCUGAUGGAGCAGGCUGCAGCCACCCCCAAGAAGCCAGCUGAUGAUGAUUACAUCACCUUCGACUAUAUCCACACCUAUUUCCAACUUCAGGACCGAGAGGUUUACCCCUGCCCUGCCACUAACUGCAACAAGAAUUUCAAGCAGUUCAAGUACCUGAGUGUGCACCUCAAGGCCGAGCACAGCAGUGGGGACGCCAAUGUGAAGCACUACUUGGAGAUGAAGGACAGACGGGAAAAGUGCACCUUCUGCCGGCGCCACUUCAUGACCGCCUACCACCACCGCAAGCACCGACGCGUGCACUACGGCGAUCACCCAUACAUGUGCGUGGUCAGUGACUGUGGGGCUCGCUUCGACACCACCAAUCAGCUGAUAGCACACAAGCAGGGUCAUGGCUUCCGCCUCAACUACUGCUGUGAGCUCAAGGGCUGCAGCCUCUCCUUCUGUGACCUAGGGCAGCUCUACCAUCAUGAGGCCCAGCACUUUCGAGAUGCGGCCUACAGCUGCACCAGCCUUGGGUGCAAGCAAUUCUACUACUCUAAAAAGGAAUUCAUUAAGCACUUGGCCUCUCAUGGCCUCAAUUUCACUGAGGAAGACUUUGUGGCACAGAAAAAUGAGAAGCGUAAGCCAAUAGAUCCUUUCUCGGAGGAGACCGUCAGCAGCAGAAAACCUGGUGCCUCAAAGUCCACUGUAGAAAUCGUAAAUGGUGUGAGAAAGGCAACUGCUGAGAAUUCCACAGCUGGUGUUUCCUCUUCAGAUCAACACUCCGGGAACAGAGAGCCUAAGACCUCAUUGGCUUGUGUUGCUGUGUGCUUUGAUGGUAAAAAAUUCACUUGUGGUUUUGAGGGUUGUGGCAGAACCUUCCCUCAGGCCAGAGAUGUCCAGAAGCACCUGAAGUCUGUUCAUCCGGCCCAGCUUAAGGCUGAAAAAAAGGGACACAAAAAAGCAAACAGGGAAAAGACUGCAAAGAGCAAAUGCCUCAAAGUUGAGGCAACCAGUAUUGAGACAAGCACAGAUCGGCCAUCCAGUGCACCUGUCCCAGUGUUGAACCCCAAGAGUUCCCUCCCUCCUGUGGAAGUGUCUGCAUACCCUGUUGCAGUACCCGACUCAAGCCUUAUAAUCGAUGACCCCAUUAAGGACAUUUUACUGGGUUUCAGCCAGUUAAGUCUACAGCCUUCCAAUGCGAGAAUUUUGUUGACUGAUUCUUGCCAUCCUAUCUCAGGGUCUUCCAGUUCACAGGUGUCUUUCCCUAGUGCAAGUGUCGGCUUCCCUGCCAAAGUGCUGAGAAAAAAGACAAAAUCCCAGUCAAGCACAGCUGACUCAAGUUCUGAGUCUUCAUCAACCCCACUGCCCUUAGAGUUGCCUCCUCAAGAAGACAACCAAAUAAGCUGCUUUCUUGUUCAACCUUCCACCAAGCCUUAUAUCUGCGAGGUCAAAGGAUGUACCUAUAGGAGUGUGACCAGCCAUGCGCUCAUGUGCCAUUACCUGCGGAAACACAGCUUUUCCAAGGAGAGGGUGAAGGGCAUGGAGGCAUUCAGAACGAGCAAAUUCAAGCCGUUUAAGUGCCAUGUGUGCCCUAAGAAAUACAGACAGAAGUCGGAACUGAGGACCCACUUAAUCCAGAUGCACAACAUCAGCGAAGCUGUAGUGGACCAAAUGAGCUGCUCCUUCAAGAGACGUGAAGAAGGCAAAGCCACAGAACUCCCUCAACCCAAGACUGGUCUUAAAGCUGACACGCAGAUGCAGAAUAAGCCAUUGCUGAAAGCAUGGCUAAAAGCACCCACCUGGCAGCAGAAGUGCCAGAGGAGGAAAGGGAGCGAGUGGACGACGAAGUCCGAGUGUGAAAAUGGAGUCGUGAAAUCUGAAGAUGUGAGCAAGAAGGUGGAAUCUAAGGCCGAGCCCUCUCCAGCCUUACAGGAGGGGGAUGAAGAGGAGAGAGCGUUACGCGAAGGACGUGGCAGCAGACGCCUGGUGGCUAAAGGCAACCUGUGCUACAUCCUAACUAAUUAUCACAAGCCUUUCCACUGUGUGCAUAAGGACUGCAGCUCGGCCUUCACCAACCAAAGCGGCUUAGUUCGCCACUUGCAGUCUGUGCACCAUUACAAUCGUUCUCAGCUGUGCCUAGAAGAGGACAUGGAUUUCACUCACGGCACUGGGGUCAAGGAUGGGACGAAACCUCCCCAACUUGCAUGCAAGGAAAAGGGCUGCAUAAGGACGUUCCACAGUUCCUCGGCCCUGCUGCGCCACCACCGUAGGCAGCAUGCGACAGACAGGAGGAUUCUUGCUGCAGCAGGGGUGUCAAAAGCUGCUAGAUCUCCCACCAUCCAAGAAACGCCUAACCCGCUCUCAGAGGAGCCUAUACCACAGUUCAGAUGCAGCUAUGCUGGUUGCAGUGCCACUUACCACCUCUAUAGCAGCUUACUCCGACACAUGAACCAUGUCCAUCCUGAUCAGGCACCGCAGAAGUUACCACCUCAGCAAGUGCGCUGCAAGUUUGACGGUUGCACUCGUGUUUUUUCCCAGAACUCCAGCUACAAGAAACAUGUGUUAUACAGGCACUGUGACUACUACGAUACCCUCGUUCUGCAUCUGCAGAAUACCCACAAGAAAGACAAGUCUGAGAGCGGGUGCCAGAAGAAGUUGAUUGUUCCUGCAACAUCCCAGCCCCUGCUGCCAUCACAGAAGGAAGCACCCAAGCUACCUCUCAGGCAUUCUUUGAGGCACAGUCCCAAGUCUCAGGAUGGCAUGAAGACUGAGUGUGUCGAAGAGCAUGUUGAGAAGAAUAUUGAUGUGUCUAAGCUCCUUAAACAUCAGCGCAGUAGAAAAAAGAAUCUUCCGCUGGUCUUCCGCACGCAUGAGGAGGCUUUGCAGAUGUGCCAAGAUCGCUGUUUGCCUGUAGCAUACCCUUGCAUGGUCCAAGACUGUGACUCUGUGCUCACUGUGGAAAGCAGCAUGCGUCGGCAUUACUUAAAUUGCCAUAGGAUGAAAGUUUCCAGGUUCUUGGCAAACGUUGAGAAGUUGGUCAACAAUGCAGAGCAGCUCGAGGAACUGAUCCAGAAGAAGUCCGCUAUCGCUGGAAGGCCAGACGUUGAUCGGGCACCAAACGGUGUUCUGAAAAUGGAAUAUCAAGCGGAGCCUGAGAAACCCGGUGGCCCAUCACUACCCAUGAGUUUACAUUCAAUCAAAACCGAUGCAUUGGAUAGUCAAGAUCCUUUGGGUUUCACUGAAGAUGUGCCCCCAGAGAGUAGCUUGCUGGUUGGGGCUGAUGAUUUGCUUUACGGAGAGUCCAGUGGACACACAAAAGAACUCCUGACCCAGCGUAGCUGUAGUCAGGAUGAUAAGGCUGGCCCGCCUUCUCCCACACCUCCUUUAGUUGCUCCUCCUCCACUGGAUCUGUCUCCACCGUCUUCACUGCGCUUCACAAUUGAUGACGGCUUUAUGGACUGCUCCAGCAAGGAAUCUGGAGGCAGGACAGCAUAUGUUCCCUCCCCCAUCACAAACCCUGCACCCUUCUCUGCCACUCCAACCCGUCAGCCACUGAAGCGUAAGAACGAGCUUCCUGAACCCCUUCCCUCUUUCACGUCGACUCCAAAGGAUGUCCAGCCCCUCAGCCCCACCCCCCGCACUUUUGAUCUGACAGCUUACAAGCCCAUGGGUUUUGAAUCGUCGUUCCUCAAGUUCAUCCAGGAGAGUAAGGACAAGGAGGAAGAGUUUGAAGAGAGCGGACCCUGGGGGUCACCUCAUCGGCACGAAGCCCCCGCGCAAGCGCUACGUCGCAGAGACUCUUACCGCCGUAACUCCGUCAAAGAGAACAGUCAAAGGGGGCUCGGGGUCACCCGCAGUCGCCGAGUCAGGUCUCUGAGGCCCUUGCUAUCAGCAGGGGAGUCUGUCUCCGUCCAGAACCUGCGUUCUAUCCUAGACCGAGCUCUUACGGGCUUUGGAGACCUGGCUAUCAAGCAGCUGCAGUACCUCCGGCCUGUGGUGGUGCUGGAGAGGUCCAAGUUCUUAACAUCCCUCCUCGAUCUCUUCCCCUCAAAAAAGACUGAGAAGCUUCUCCUUGGGAAUUCGUGACUGAAAAAAUCCUUCGAAAUAUAGCCUAUGGACAAUUUGUCAAACUGAAACUCUUCCAGUAUUUUUUUUUCUAUUAAUCAGUCUAUUACUACAGUUGUUAUUGUUUAUUAUUGAUAAUAUUAUUGCUCAUAAGUUGCCAAAUUGAAGUUGCUCAAGUACCUUAACUGAAUUAUAAUGGUUAUAAGUUUAUACAUGUAUUAAUAAGAUUACAGGUCUACUAACAUGUUUGUUUUUUGGUUGUUUUGUUUUUUGGAAAGUUAAAUAUCCAUUAUAUACAUUUCAGUGGUAUCCGAUAGGUGCUUUUUCUUCCAUUAUUCCCUUUUCUCACAGUCUGAGCUUGUAUUAAAAUUUUAAAAUAAACUUGCAUCCCUCCUGUUUCUGUA